AUUUUUGUUCCCAUGUACUUUUAGAUAAAUUUUAAACCUACGGUGAUUACUCAUUAAGCAAAAUGAAAUUUGUACCCGCGAAAUUAUUGUCUAUUGUGUGAUUUUAAAAGUGAAUUCGUACGUUGCUUCUCUUUGUAAAUGAUGCCAAUGGUUAUAUUAAAUCAUUAUUAUUUUUGAAUAAUGGAUAAUUUACCGCAACCUAAAUCUGACAAUGAAGAAGAACCUGUUGGCAACGAUGAGGAAGUCGCAGGUAACGAACAAGAAACCGAAAUCAAAGAAACAGACAAAGAGAAACAAGCUGAAGAGUUGGAGAAUCGACGUGUAGAACUGUACUUGGAUGCCUUUGCAACCAUGUUAAUUGAUUCGAUAAUCAGGGAAGUUGCAAUAUCUCAUUUGAAUGAGAUUCCUCCCAUAACUUUCGAAGGGGGAUCAGAGCAAACGCGACAUCAGUAUGUGCGAAGACUCAGAUUUAGGGAAGAAUGGUCCACGACUCUGUUAAAACCUCGUUCGUUUAAACGCCAGUUUUAACUAGACUUCUAUAUGAAAUAUCAUCUACAUAUUUGAGUUCCUGAACUUUAUACAAACUUGUUUUACAUAUUUAUAAAUAAAUGAAUUAUAUUCAUUACAAAAGUUGUAUAAAAUGAUGUUUUAGUUGAAG